GAUCCGUUAUACCUUAACAGAGCUGGAAAAUUCUUGGCGCAGCAGUCUCGUCGAAGCAACAGGAAGAACAGUUUCGUCAUCGCGAUGAAAAACGACUCACUGUUUGGAAGGAUCAUGUAUUUUGCGAUCUUCCUAUUAUUUGCGGGGAUGUUAGAUGCAAAACCUCUCGAGUACGAAGAUGUUGCAAAUCUGUUACCAACGGAACCUCAGACGACGAAUGAUACUUUAGCCGCCAUUGUGCGGGAUCCGGUGGUGCAAGAUGCUGUGCAAAAUGCGGUCGGCAAUGGAUCCUUAGAAGGAUUGGUAGUAAAGAAGAAAGUGCUUGUUAUGCCCGCCACAGAACCUACUAAGGUGGUGUCACAAACCGAGCAAAUUCUUGUCGUUCCCAUGGUUCAUUUAGAGGAUGUACGAAAAAAUAUAACAGAAACAGUGAACGCAGUAACUGAUGUAGACAGUUUGACACUUACAGAUGCCCAAUUAUUUACUGAAAAUGUUGAAGAUGAAUACACAAAUUCGGAAAGCAAAGAUAUUUCGUCUUAUACAUCGCAGCAUGAUUUUUAUGAACCAUUAACAGAGACAUCAAAAACUACGCGGAAGCCAUUUCUUAUCGACAAUAUGCCGCAAGAAAUUCCUUAUCUCAUGUCAAACCCAAGCCAGGAAAUAACCCCUCCGGAAUAUCCACCGUCCACAAUAUCGGUACCAAUCAUUGCGUUUCUCGAUCCCGUAAAAAUUUCUGAUGAUAAAAUUGACAUGCCGAUCGCAGCAGCGUUAUCAAAAGAAGAUGAAAAUUUGAAAAAUCAAUUGGAGAAUAGACGUGACGUGAUUCAACAGAAUGUUCAAAAUUACGUUGAUGAAAUCUCAUGGAAAAACAAUCCCAGUAAUUGGCGAUUCAAUCCGCCCUCCUCGGAGAUGGAAGUAUCAUCUUCGCUGUACGAGCCGAGUAUGAAACAGACUAAGCACGUGAAUAAUAUUAAUCCUGAAAAUUCGUUGCCAGUUACAAUGUCCCAUAUUGAUAUAGUAACACCACUCUUUUGGACUUCGGAUGCGGACAUUAAUUAUCCCAAAGAUCCACACGAUAUGGAAGUCGCCGCGGAUAUUGUUUUUAGACCUCUUUUUAGAUACCGACAAGAGGUACAGCGGAGAUCUUAUAGAAAGCCAGCUUAUCGAAGAUAUAAUUCUUACAAUUCUUAUCCGAGACGUAAUUAUCGAUAUAGACCCCGAUAUUCCGACGAUUAUUAUUAGUAUAUAUAACGAGAGUGAAUAUUAUCAUAACUAAAAAAAUUAAAAUAUAAUAUAAAUAAAUAAUUAUCUUUUAAAAUAUUGAUAACAAUAUCAAAUUAAACAUAAACUUAUUUAAUAAAUUAUUAAAUUUAUCAUUUAUGGUAAUUUUUAUAUAUUAACUAGAUUGUCUUAGAUUUGUUAAAUUUGAAUGAUAUGUAUGAUAAAUAAAUACUGUGGACCUAAAAAUGUUCUGGUAAUUGAGAAACUAUCAGAUAAAAAAUUAAAAUAAAUUGCCUAAUUUUUAUUCUUUGCUAUUUAA